AUGUCAUUCGAAUUUCAUCCGAAUACAUUCAAACAAUUGUUUCACAUUAUUCAACAAUUAACAGUAACGACAGCCGAGGAAUUGAACGCGAAUCUCGUUCAAAUUUUGAUCAUUUGUUUAAGAUUAUUCACGACACAUUUGAAAUUUUUAUGUGCUGUUACCCCAAAUCUUCACCGCGAUUUAUUAGCAACGAACGAGGAUAUGAAAAAAACUGUUACAGUUCAAUCCUCCGCAUCAAACAAAGAAAUCAAUCUAAGUGAAUUUGCAACCAAUGAUGAGCUACGAACAUGGUUUGAUACCUUAUUGAUGUUGGCCUGCAGCCGUGAUGGAAAACAACAACAAACUGUAAUCUCUAGAGAAGCAUCAAAAGCCCUUAUUCACGUCCUCGAUAAAUAUGUACCUACGUUUACCGACAAAUUAUCAUUUAUUCAUAAAUACAUCUUCGAAAAUAAACAUCCUAUAUUAAUUGAACAAUUAAUAACAGAACUAAAUACAAAUGCAACAUUGCUAAGCUGGAUCGAAGUUCUUUGCGAUAACGACGACAAUAAAUUAGAGAAAAGAGCAGCAUUUAACAUCUUGUAUUCAUUCACUGAUAUUUAUUUAAAUUCUUCGAGUGAUAUGACAACACAACGGAUUCAACAAGUACUACAAAUGUUUCAGCAACUGGUCUUCGUUCGAUUCCUACAAAGACAGGAAUUAUCAACCUCUUCUCUUAUCAUUAAAUAUAUCACACAUAUAUUGAGUCAUUCGAUAGAUAAACGAGCUAUAGUGAACGAUUUAUUGAAUUCCAUUCUCGUUGGUUUGUAUUUAAUGACAGAAAUAGAAAAACAAUUUAGUCUUGCAACGAUUCAACCGAUAUUCACAGCUAUUUUACCAUUAACAGCAGAAUUCGUAUUACAGAAUACAGCCAACAAAGAGAUGGCAGAAAAUAAUCUGCACUACAAUUAUUGGCUAUUAGGCAAAAUGAGUCAUGUUUUGAUGGUUGGCCCACCACAAGAUCCAUUAGAAGUGAAAUAUCUCGAUAAAUUAAAAUCACCCUUGUUUGCCGGUGGAUGUGAGAGAAUAACUACCCAAAACAAUCAAUAUCUAUUGGAUUUAUUCGAAUCCAACAUCACCGUAUACAGUCAGUUCAAUAUAGUUGAUCACAGGCAACAAUUAUCGUCCGAUCAUGAAUUUUUAAUGUCAGUCUAUAAUAACACAGAUCAAGGUGCACAACUAAUAUCGAAAAUGAGAAUGUAUGUCAAAGACAAACAACGUUUAUUACAAAAAUCGAUUGAACAACAAGCAAAUGGAGCUUGUGCCGCACUAUUUGCUGUCUAUAUUAAACAUUAUCGUCGAAUCAAUCUGGCCAAAUAUGAACUUUCUCGAACAAUUGAUCAAAAACCACACAGUAAACUGUUGUCCAUUUUUGAAUAUGCUAAUCGCGUACAAACAUUAUUUGCUACAACAAGAGGACAAGGUGGCGAUUGUAACGAACUUUAUGAACAGAUUAAAAUUAAAACACAAUUUCUACUAACAUCUGUCAAAGAAAGUCAUUUAAUUCCGAUCGUUAGUGAAGAGACCAUGACAAAUAUUGAAGAAGAGAACGGAUUGAAAUUAAAACGUCAGUCAUCACGAAGAAAAAUUGAAAAACAUGCUUUUCGAUUGCUGCGACAUAUGCUACAAGCUUGUAUUCGAUUAAAAAAAUUGAUCUUAACGAAGAAGAAAGCGAUCGAACAAAAGCAAGAUAAUGAAAGUGUUUUAAAUCGAGCUAUUGAUACCUAUGUUUAUGGUGGUCUUUCAAAGGAUGGAAAAAAACUGGAAUCAGACGAACUCGUUCAAUGCAUGUCUCGUCAGGAUGAAAGAGCAAUAAUUAGACUGAUUACAUACCGAUUUAUUCAUACAUUCAUCGAGAAAGUGUUCAAUAUCGAUGAUAAAAAUCGAUCUCUGACACUUCUAGCAAUUUGUUUACCACAUUUGAGGUGUACAAAUGUUGAAUGGUCCUAUUUGGAAAAUAUUUCAGCAACAAAUAUUCAAUUGAAAGAUGAAAUUGGAAAAGUCUAUUAUUUAAUCAUUAAAACCAUUCUUUUCUACUUAUUACAAUCAACAAUUGCCCAACAAAUGAUAUCAGUACGAACUAUGUUCAGUUUACUUAAUUUAUCCUACAAAUCAACAGACAUUUACUAUCUGCAUAACUGCAAAUUUCUUGAAGCAUUAUUUACACCGUUUGUCAGCUCUGUUGAAAUAUCAGACCGAACUAUUUCGCUUGGUGCAAAAUUAAUCGGAUACAACUGGUUUCGAUUGUAUGUAUUAAAACUGUGUGAAAACUUUGAAAUAGAAGAAUGGAAAGAUAAGAACAAUUUAGUCUUAGAACAAAAACAAGAAAUCGUCUUUCAUCAAUUGAUUUUAAAUCAGCUGAAAGGAUUGAAGCAAUUGUCAUCAAUCGAUACAGAAGAUAAAGUUGUGAAAAGUGCCGAAUGUAGAAAGGAUUCAUUCAACAAUGCUGCCAUUGGAUGGUUCAUAAAAGCACCAGCUAAAAAUGAUCUGUCAUCGAAAUUCGAAGUCGAACUUUGUACAAAUCAAUGGUUGAUGCUCCUACUUCGGUGUGCGCAUUUGUAUGAACAUGUACGAUCACUUUGUGCCACUGUUGAUUUCAUUGAAGAACUAUUGUACAUUUAUCAAAACAGUGAAAAUCAAGCUACGAUUUUACUUGCAUUGAAAGUUUUACGGAAACUAAUAUUAUUUUUACCAGAGAGUACUGACGGAACGUCAAGAACACUGAUGAAGAGUCUUUUAACUGAUAUUUUAUUUUCAAUCGGUGAUAAUCUCAGUUCAUAUCGGAUGACACGAGAUAUUGUCACCGAACUAAUCUACAUUUAUCGUGCGAUCACGUCGUUCAAAUCAUCGUGUUUGAAAUCAUUUGAAUCUGUUGAAAGAAAUCAAUUAAACAACGUUUUAGCAUCACUCUGUGUAUUGGGUGGAUAUGUUCAACCAUUUUGCUUGGGUACAGUCGUACAAGUCUAUGUGGGCGAUGAAAUCAAUGCUGAAACUCAAUUAGCAGUGAUCAUAGAUAUUGAUACAAAUGCUCGUAAUUUGGGCACACCUGAUGCAUUACCUUACUUGGUUCAAUAUUCAGAAACAAAUAAAACUGAAUGGGUUAUCGCCGACAAAUUAAGAGUCGACAUCGAUGUUCUACCGCCGAAUCUCCUCGCCUUGCCGAUUGCGGAUGAAUCGAUACAUUCACUAUUCGAUGCAUUGGCAUAUUUCAUACAGAUCGAUAUAUCGACAAAAGAAUCUUUAGUCUUAUUACAAUUGAAACGUCGAUCUAUCGCCGCUUUAUAUCGGCUAUUAACUAGUAAAAAGCUUGUCGACAUUUUUAUGCAAAAACCGUAUGCAUCCAUUAUUGCCAAACUAUCCACAUCGAACUUAUUCAGAAACAAUCAUCGACAACCAGCUGAUUUACGUCUAUCGAAUAAACGACAUUUAGAACAAUAUUGUUUAAGCUUAGAUCGAUGUGAACACUUGAAGCAAAUACUUGAAAAUACUAACGUAACGAGUAAAGAUGAAUCUUCAUUUAUUAAUUGGAUUGAUGUUCCAUUCAAACAAGAUCGACUGACUGUUGAUCUUUCAUCAACUGAAUGGAAGCCGAACGCAUCAAAAACAGACGUUCAACUGUUUAAACGAGGUCGAAGUGGAAAUGAUGAAAUUAAAAUUGUGCCAAUGUGGUCCCAACUCUCCAGCAAAUGGCUAUUAGAAGACUGUGGUACGAUACAUCGAUUUCCAGGACGGACUUAUUUGAUUUCAGAAAAUUCAGCUGCGUCUAUGACAACGUUCAUUGUUGAUAAUUUACGCUUGAGCGAAGGUAACUGGUACUUUUGUAUUCGAUUGAUGGAGGGUAGUCGCGCUCAAAUCGGAUGGGCAACGACCGGAUUCAGACCCAGUAACACGAUUGGAAUUGGCAAUGAUAAAUAUUCGUGGUCUUUCGACGGAUCGCAGGGUACACUCUAUAGUAAUGCAGAAUUUCCGUUUCUAUCUGAAGAUGUUCGUUGGAGCAUGAACGAUGUUUGCGGUUGUGGAAUUAAAAUUGAUUGUGAUAAUAUUCAAAUUAACUAUUGGUUAAAUGGGCACUUCUUAGGUACGGCUUUCUCACAUCAAUCACCAAUCGGUUCGACGACAACAAUAUGCGAUAUGUUACCAAAUGGACGUGGAGCAACCUAUUUUCCCGGUGUUACUUUAAAAGUAAAUGAUUCAUCAAUAAGUUGUUGUGAAUUCAUAUUUAGUCCAGAAGAUAUGUUCGAGUGUCCAUUACCGAAUGGUUACAAACCAUUGUUAGUGUCAACAUUAGUCCAUACUGUUGCUUAUCCUUACAGUGCCUAUUUGGUAGGUGAUAAUGUUCAAGAUUAUAUUCACAGGACACGAAGUGCUAAUUCGUCCGCUUUUCUACGUGAUUUUGUCAACGGUCAUCACCUUGAAAAAGCCACAUUUACCUUCGAUCAUCAUCAAUUAAUAUUACCGGAAGAAAGCGGCGGUUUUCCGUUGACCAUCGAUUAUCACGAAUCAUUAACAAUUAGCUUCGAUUUUCGAAUAUUAACAAAAUUUGAAAAUGUUGAUAUUGUAUUAUUGACAUUCACUACACCGGAUAUAUUUUCAAUACAAAUACCAUUGAGUAAAAUCAAUGAUGAAACACGAACGGCAGUUGUAUUUCAUUCAAAUGAUCGACAAAUGAAAAUCUACAUUAAUAAUGAGUGUCGAACAUUCGAAAUUCCGAUCAUGACAAAAUUCAUUGUGCAGCUUCUGCCAACAAUGACUGCUGGAAUUCAAAAUCUAGCUAUUUGGAAAUAUGCUCUGUCGGAAGAACAUAUUCGACGUCUAUUCACUUCUGGUCUAUCCUAUGUAGCACUUGAUUAUCAUCGACUGAACACACAUCGAAAACGGGCGAAUACAUUUACAUUCAUUGAAAAACAGCCACACUUUGAAAACGAUUUAUUCGUUCCAUUGAGUGAACCAUUCGAUGAAAACAAAUGGGAGAAGACAAAAAACGAAGCAGACAAUGAUGAAUGGAAAUAUUUCAAAUCGAUCAAUGGAAUCAAUCAAUCAACAAUACAAUUAGUCGGAAACAAAACUUAUCUCGUUUUGGACAAAUCUAGUGAUCCAUGGUCUGAAUAUACACUUAUACUCGAUAUUUUCAUUGCUAAUUUUCCGACGAAGAACGAACAAUUGACACUGGUGAUAUUGAAUUCACAAUCAGAAAUUUAUAUGACACACGAUGGUCAACUUUGCCUAUCGGUUGGUAAUGAAACGAAUAUUAAAAGUGAAUCUAUAUUGAAAUUAACUGAAUAUGUACGUUUGCUCAUUUCUGUUCAAGAGAAAUCCAUCAGAAUCUAUGUCAAUGGAUUAUUAGAGCUCGAUGGUAGUGUGGAUGGUGAACAAUUGACAAUAAAAGAGAAGCGAAUCGAUCUAUUCAGGGAACAUGAUUUGACAAAGAACACGACCGGUGAUGAUACACUUCGAAUUGAAUGUAAAUCGAUUACUUAUCUUAACAGCGCAACUGUGAAUAUCGACGAGCAGAUGAAAUCAUCAAACUAUUCGUUAGGAACAUUAGUUACACCUCCGUAUUCUAUCGUCGCACCGAGUUUGCUUUUAAUUGGAUACGAUGAAACGUCGAUUAAAUCUGUUGUGGAACAAAACAUAACGGCAAACAUUCAGUCGAUUGAUACGAUUCUACGUGAACAGAACGACAAACGUCGUGAAGACAUAUUGUCAAGGUUCGAUUCAACGAUUGAUAAAGAAAAAUUGAAAGAUAUACUCCAAUUUUCCGAAUUCGAUACUGACGAAAAGGUUGCAGCUCUUGGUGAAAUUAUUCUCGCUCGUUGGAAUGAGAUACAAACAUCACCAUCAUUGGUCGACAUCACUGAUGUAUCAUCGGACAAGAAAUGGUUUCGUCAAGCUGUUCGUCACUUAAAUAUCGACGAUAGUCUCGUCGAAUGGAUCCGAGACAAAUCAACAACGAUCGAAGAAACCGAUAUCACUCAUCAACUAUUUGAUUUGAAUCGACCUGUACAAGAACAAGCAAUGAUGAGAACGGGACUCGAAGAUCAACGGAAAAAAAUUAAAAAAUCAAUUCAGUAUUCUCAUCGAGAAAUAGUACGUCAACAAUAUUGCGAGUCGCGUGUUGGUUGCGAACAUGGAUUGAUAUCGAUGUAUGCACAUUAUACGAUUCUGAAUAUGUUAAGAGUUUGGUCCAAUGAUGGAUCAAGUUUAUUCCCAUUGGAGAAAUUUGGUGAUUUUACAUUCAUUGUGACAUUAUUGCGAUUAUUAGAUUAUCAUUAUAUUUAUACACGUUUGCAUACAGAUGAAAAUGUUGAUCGAAUGAGUUUGUUAGUUAAUUCAAUUUUGAAAGUCGAAACUAACGAAUUACUCAAAUAUCAUACGACGACACACGAUAAGAUUACUAGUGAAAUACUACAACACAAAGCUCCCUUACUUUAUCAAUUACAAAAGGAUGUCAUUGUUCAAUCGAUUCAAUUUUUAUCGAACCCAUCAUUAUUAUUCUAUGAUUAUGGUGACGAAUCAACAGUGAUCGAUAAGCAAUCAUCGAUCAAACAACCGAAUUUUAAUUUCAUUCUUAAAUUAGUCAAUCUAUUCGUCAAAUUGCUGACCGAUAAAUCUACAAUAAAACAAAAUGAAAUCGAUUUUCUUGUUCCACUCUUGUUUCCGGUACCGUUAAUCAAUCUGCUAUUCGAUCUAUUUCUCUUAAGUCCAAUGCAUCAAUCGAAAAUAGUCAUUCUUCACUUAUUUUCUGGACAAAAAUAUCAACAAAUUACGACAAAUAUACCAACCCAUUCGAACGAAUUCUUGGAAUUCGAUUUUUCUCAAUUUUCUCAAAGUUUCCAUGAUCUAUUGAUGGUUAUCGAUGUUAUCAAUGCUUUGACCGAUAAAACUAAACAAACGCCGUUUCCUGAAGUAUUCGUACUACAGUCGAUUGUUCUGUUGGACGACCAUCUUCAGUUCACUGGCGAUGAUAUCGAAAAAUCGAACAGCCAUUUCGAUACAAAUGCUGAUUUACAGCUGAUUAGUUUUAUGAAUAGUAGUCCGCUCAUGAAUCUUUUAUCCAUUGAGUUCAUCAAUAGUCUACCGACCGAAUCCAUACCAAAUCCGGCAUACUACAAAACCUAUCCAUCCUUAUGGCACAUUCCAGCCAUUUGUAUCCAAACUCGUGCAAAACUUCUCUAUCAAUUCAGUAUGUUUGUGGCAAAACUUGUAUCAAUUGUCGAUUUCAGUCUAUUCCCAGGACAGAGUAUUCUGACAGAUAAAAUUCGAACAGCCAGAGCAUACAUGUUAUACGAAACGAAAUUUCAAUUGUUUAGCAGAACCCUAGACGUUACCACAGAAUCCGGUGAUAUGCCUACAGUCAAUUUUGAUACAGUUAGAGCAAGUGCUAUCGCCGAUCAUGGCUUACAUACUAUGUUCAGUCAAGCUUACGAGCAGUUGCAUAAGGAUGCCCAUUUAACGUUUCGAAAACAGAACGACCGCCUAUGGCGUGCACAAUAUCUUGCCAUGCAUAGUAAUGAUCAAGGUGGACCCUAUCGUGAUUCUAUAUCGCGUAUUUGUUCUGAUAUAUGUAGUACACAAUUACCAUUAUUCAUUUUGUGUCCAAAUGGACGGACAAACAGUGGUUUGAAUCGUGAUCGUUGGAUUCCGAAUGUAUUUCCGCUCAAUAAACCGAUUCCAAAUCGAGUCAAAAAACAAUAUCGAUUCAUUGGACAAUUGAUGGGCAUGGCGAUACGAAAGAAACAUUAUUUAGAUUUGAAAUUUCCCAUUUUACUAUGGAAACAACUAGUCAGAGAACAAGUGACGAUCGAAGAUAUUGAGGCCAUUGAUAUGCAAAGUUUCACAAUGAUCAAUGAAAUGGAGAAGACUAUAAAACAGAGCAAUCAGUCAAUGGAUAUUGACGGUGACAUCAAUGAUUUGUUCAGUAGUAUCUUGGAUGAACUUCGAUUUGAAGUUAUCAGUUCAGCUGGACAAACUUAUGAACUCGUUCCGGAUGGUAGAAAAAUUCCGAUUACGGUUUCUAAUUUCAAAGAAUACUGUACAAGUUAUCGUGAAUAUCGUCUAAACGAGUUUCAUCGACAAAUUGAAUUUAUUCGUCAAGGCUUAUACAGUGUUGUUCCAGGAUAUUUCUUGAGUUUGUUUACAGCCGGGGAACUAGAAGAAUCAGUAUGUGGAAAAGGUGAAAUGGAUGUGGAACUAUUAAAACGGAAUACUAGUUACGGUGGUGAUUGUACUCAAGAUUCACCAUGUAUUCAGCGAUUUUGGACAGUUCUCAGUGAAAUGUUCACUGAGGAACAAAAAAAAUUGUUUCUGAAAUUCGUCUGGGGACGAUGCACAUUACCAAGUCAAGAUACAGAUUUUACAUCGAAAUUUACAAUUAAUCCAUAUGAUAUAUCCAGUGGACCGGUGGAUGGAGCGCUUCCAAGAUCGCAUACAUGUGCUUUUGUUCUUGAUUUACCUGAAUAUUCGUCGGCUGAUAUCAUGUAUAAUCGUUUGAACUAUGCUAUUACCUAUUGUGCAAGUAUCGACGGGGACGGCAACAUGAACGAAGCUCCUACAGCGGAUGUCAACUCUGACUGGUCUGCAGAUGAACACCGAUGA